AUGCCGACAUACCUCAAUUUCCCCUGCAAAACCAAAUUCCUAACCCUAACCUCACCUCGCCUCAAAACCUUCCUCUUACUCCUCUCCUCUCUCUGUCUCCUCUACUUUCUCGUCGAUUAUCGUAACCGUAUUUGUACGCCAGUUCUCAUACAGGACGCUCCACAGCAUUCAUCGUCAUCUCAUUCCCCAACUUCGAUCAACCACCUCGUGUUCGGCAUCGCUGCCUCCUCGAAAUCAUGGUUGAAGCGUCAACAGUACGUUCGCCUCUGGUGGAAACCUCAAGGUAUGCGUGGUUACGUAUUCCUCGACCGUAUCCCGCACAAAGCUGAUAAUGCGAGCUCGGAUUCGGAUUCUGAUUCACUUCCUCCUUUGCUUGUCUCUGGGGACACUUCUCGCUUUCCCUACACUUUCAAAAGUGGCCUUCGGUCGGCGAUCCGCGUGGCACGUAUCGUGUCUGAGAUCGUUAACCAAAACCUGUCGGAUGUACGGUGGUUCGUGUUCGGGGACGACGACACGGUUUUCUUUGCUGAUAAUUUGGUGAAGACGUUGUCUAAGUACGAUCAUAAUCGGUGGUUUUAUGUUGGGAGCAAUUCGGAGAUCUUCGAGCAGAAUUUCAAGAAUUCGUUUGAUAUGGCAUUUGGUGGUGGAGGUUUUGCGAUUAGCUAUCCGCUCGCUAGGGUUUUGGUGAGGGUUUUGGAUUCGUGUCUGAUGAGGUACUCGCAUCUGUAUGGGAGUGAUGCUAGGGUUUUCUCUUGCUUGGUGGAGCUUGGCGUAGGUUUAACUCAUGAACCUGGCUUUCAUCAGAUUGAUAUUCGGGGAGACCUGUUUGGAUUCCUUUCUGCUCACCCAUUGACACCUUUGCUAUCUCUGCAUCAUUUGGAUGCUAUAAAACCUAUCUUCCCUAAUUUGAGCCAGAUGCAGGCUUUAGAGCACCUUUUCAAAGCUGUGGAAGUUGAUCCUACCCGGAUUUUGCAGCAAACAGUCUGCUAUGACCGUUCAAAUUCCCGGACUGUCUCGGUUUCCUGGGGUUAUACUGUUCAAGUGUUUGAAGGAAACCACUAUCUCCCGGACCUCAUUUCAUUGCAGAGGACAUUUAUGCCAUGGCAGAGAGGUCGGAAUAUAAAUUCAAGUCACUUUAUGUUUAAUAUGAGGGAUUUUGCCAGAGAUCCAUGUAAACGGCCUUCUAUUUUCUUCUUUGAAAGUGUGCUCUCUGGUAGUAAUGGGAUUCAGAGCAACUACAGGAGACAUGUUUUUGAAAAUUGCAUGGAAAUGGGUGCAUCAAAAUAUUUGCAACAGAUCAGGGUACAAUCGCAGAGGCUGGAUCCUGAUAUUGGAGAGUUGCAGGCCCCAAGACGAUAUUGCUGUGAUAUCUUACCUUCUUCUUUUGACAAAGUGAUGGAUAUUGGCAUUAGACAAUGUAUAGAUGGGGAAUUAAUAUCCAUGCAUUCAUAGCAUGUCUUCAGCUGCUGCAUACUCGGAAAGUUUUUCCUUUCAAACGAGAAGCUGCGAUUCGCUAGCUGUAAAAAUUUGUUGUGGGAGUUCAACAUACAAAUGGUUGACAUAGCAUUACCUGAUCUGAUGCUCAGCUCGAAAAUCAGUCUUGUAAAAUGAGAUCGUAGCACACGUGUUAAUUGAGCAUAGGGGAACCUUCUUUGCUGGAAAAGGAGAUGCUUUGAAUGUCAAUUUAGAGUAGGAACCUCCUCAUAGGCC